CUCUCAACGCGGGCGGUUGUUCGAGAUCCGUGCUACUGUUGAAUCUCCCCUCGCUGCCAUAUCGAAUUCAUUGAGCUUGCUGCGCGCCAAAAGUCCAAAAAGUGAAGAAAACGCAUGAGCAUACAAAGUUGAAGAAACCAAAAAUAAAUAUGUGAGUGUCGCGAGUGUGUGUGCAUUUAUUUUUAAGCGACGGCCCCAAGGCAAAUGUGAAGUGUAAGCGUCGCAUAAGAAUAAAAAAAAAAGUAAGAGCGAGAAAAAUAUAAAUUAUAUCAAAACAAAAAUAGCCAUCUGCGAGCAGGCAGGCGAAUUAGCACGCAACAUUUGACGAAAUGGGAGCGACACAGAAAACAGACUUUCCGGCCCACUGGCUGCUGUUCAUCCUGCUGGGUCUGUCGUUCGUAUCCCCGAAAGUGACUGCCAUUAGUGCUUAUGGAGCCUCCUUCAUCUCGAACCCAUCCAUAUACGCAUACAGUGUCGAGAAUCAGCAGGCACCACGCGAAAACAGGGACAACAUCAAGUUUGCCGAUGACGAUGGCAAUUUGAAUGCCAAUUCGAAUCUGAAUCGUAAUUACUACUUCACCGACGAUCCCAGUCCCGUUCCAAAUUCGAAUGCCAAUCCGACCGCCCCGCUGGCCACGCCCCCUGCCACACAGCCCGCCCCCCAGACGGGAUGCACCCUGGACCGGCUGGCCGUCUACAAGGUCGUCCUGCACACCUACUGGACCCGCGAACUCUUCCCCAAACACUAUCCCGACUGGCGACCCACCGCCCAGUGGACCAAGACCUUAGGUCGCACCCACAAUGCCAACUAUGCACUGUACCACAUUGGACAGCCGGCGACGGCGGCAGUCAAACAGUUUGCGGAAUCGGGGCGAACGGAUCUCCUGGACAGCAAUGCCGGCGAACAGCAGCAGCAGCAGAUGCAGAUGCAGAUGCAGACGGGGAAAUCCCCUUCAGGUGGCACUGGGUCCAGUUUCAACACCACAUCCAGUGGCACCACCACUACCAGCUCGGAACGCAGCGUGUUCGACGAGUUCAGCAUGCCGGCAAUACCACUGGGCGCCGGACGCAGUGAGGCGAAAGUGUUUGUCGACAGCAAUCACAGUCUGGUCUCGCUAAUGACACGCAUUGUUCCCUCGCCGGACUGGUUCAUCGGCGUCGAUUCGUUCGAGCUCUGCGUGGGUGGCUCCUGGAUCGAUACGGUGACCGUUGAACUGGAUCCCUUGGAUGCGGGCACGGACAACGGCUUCACCUUCACGGCGCCCAACUGGCCAACGGCUCCGCAGGGCGUCAUCUAUCGGAUCACCUCCCGUUAUCCUGGCCAUCCUGCGGGUAGCUUUUAUUAUCCGAAGAGCAAGCGAUUGCCGCCCAUCGCCACGUUCCAGUUUAUCAAGCUGAAGGAGUACGAGCUGAGCGAGGUGUUCAACAUUGCCGAGGACGAUCGCAAGUACGAGACGGUCCAGACCCAGACCCACCUGGAUGCGGAGCACAACCACGUGGAGAUGAACAACGAGUUGUCCGCCAGCAUCGAACGGGAGCGCCAGACGGAGCAGCAACAGUUGCAGCAGAAUGACGACGAGAGGCAGCGAAUCCGGUCCCAGCUGUUGGCCAAAAUGAAUCCCAUCUACGGCGGCAAUAACAACCUGCAGCCGGCACCUGGCCAGGUGGUCAGUGUGGUGCCCAAGAACGACAAGCAUGCGAUCCUGCAGAGCAUCGCCAGCAGCUAUCGCCGUGCCACAGAUGCCAGCAAUUUAAACGCCUCCAAUCCGACAGCCUCGCAGUCACCACCCCCGCCCGCAGGUGGCAAGGCGGUGCAGGGUGGUUCAGUGGGUGGUGCCACCCGCAGGCGGAGCAUGGCGCAGCGGCGUCGUGACUGCCGCGUGAGCCACUGGUCCGAGUGGACGGCCUGCAGCAAAAGCUGCGGCGUGGGCGAGAUGCACCGCUACCGCAAGGUCAUCAAGCACGGCAAAAGGGGCGGACGGCAGUGCCCGGCGCUCCAGCAAUCCAAGUGGUGCGGCACCGAGCGCAACUGUCACGGGUCGCAAACCUAUUUUAAUUGGUCCGAUUCCGACACAUGAACGAGCCACUUGAAGGAGGCACAGGCGAUAUAAAUAUAAUUUUAAUUUAAGGCGUAAGAAUUGCUUUUUCUGUGUGAACAAGAAAGACCAGCAAGGCCAUAAGGAGUGUGGAUCAUCCCGCAAGGAGAUUUUAAUUUAAAUUUAGAUUAUCGAACGAAAUUGAUUUUAAAGCAGCCGGCAAAUGCAGAGACAUCAAUGGAAAAUGGAAUAAAUUCGAGGCGACGAUGGGGAAGACUACUGACAAUAUUUAAAAAACCAAGAAGGAUUUAGACACUGGACAAAAAGGAUUGGAGUCAUCCGUCAGGCGGAUGUCGAUUCAAACAUUUUUAUGUUUAUGUGUUCACUUUGAUUUCGAUUUGUCAUUUUGUUGCUUUAGCUCUUAAUAAUAUGUAAAAAAUCAUCAUAAAAUAUUAAACAUGAAGAAGAAAAGGAAAACAUUGAACAGUAGACGUACAAAGUUUAGAAAGCAAAUCAAAGUAAACCAAAAGCGUGAACAUUUGCAUACCCAAACAAGGAAAAACGGAAACAAAACCAAAUGAAAAACCAAACACAACACACUUUAACCUAUAAGCGUGGAGCCAAAGUGUGUUGUUCAGCAACUAAGCUAAUAUUAGAUGUAAAUUAAGCUAACUAAUAACUUUAAAUGGAUUGCAAUAAAAGUCAACCCCAAAGAAA